AUGGUCACGGAGGUGGAAGUGGAGGAGGACGCAAGUGGAGGAAGUGGAAGCGUACACUUACCCCACGCCGGUGAAGGAGGAGGAAGUGGAUUCGAGAGUGGAAGAGGAGCUGGACUCAUAGGAGACAACGGAUUGGAAAGUGGAUUUGAUGAAAGUCGAGAAGAAGGCUUCGGUGGAGGCAGCAGUGACGGUGGAUUCAGUGGAGACUUUGGUGGAAGAGGAGAAAGUGAUUUCGAAUUCCACGACUUUGGAAGAGGACAUGGCCAAGGCAACAGAGAAGGUGGAAGAGGUGGAGGUGGAUUUGGAGGUCACUCAGGUGGACAUGGAUUAGUGGGAGACGACAGGGAUAUAGGUGGAUUUGGUGGAGACAGCAGGGACGGGGAUUACAUUCGAAACCCCGGUGGAAGAAGUGGAUUUCAGGGCGAUAUUCGAGGUGGAAUAGAGAGAUUUGGAUUUGGAGAGGACGAAAAAAGUGGAUUUAGUGGAAGCAGCAGCGGUCAUGGAUUCAGCGGAGGUGGUGGAGGAAGUACAAAAGAAAGUGGAUUCGGGAAGCACAAAGGUGGAGAAGUAGAGAGUGGAUUUGCCAGAGGAAUCAGCGACGGUGGAGAAAGUGGAAGACAUAACAGAGGUAGAGCGGAGGGUGGAUACGGCAGCAGCGGAGUAGAAAUAAGUGGAUUUGGAGACGGACACUCGGGUGGAGAAGUAAGUGGAAUUGGAGGUCACGCAGGUGGAGGAGGAGGUGGAGGUAACGACAGAAGUUACAGUGGAGGCAGAAGCAGACACGAGGGAAGUGGAGUAACCCAUGGAGAAAGAAUAGAAAGUGGAUUUGGUGGAAGUGGUGUUACUGGAGGAAUAUUUGGUGGAAGUCUUGGAGGAAUAUUUGGUGGAAGUGAUGGAGGUGGAAGAAUAUUUGGUGGAAGUCUCGGAGGAAUAUUUGAUGGAAGUGAUAGAAGUGGAGAAAGAUUUGGUGGAACUGAUGGAGAAGAAUUUGGUGGAAGUGGUGAUGAUGGGGGAACAUUUGGUGGAAGUCGUGUAGGUGGAGGAAGAUUCGGUGGAAGCAGCGACGAUAGUGGAUACAACCAUGGAAGUGACUUUGGAGGAAAUCACGGACAUGGAAAGGAAGUGGAUAAAUUUGGAGGUCUCUCAGGUGGAGAUUUUGACGGUGGAUUUGAAAGAGUAAGUGGAAGAGAAUUUGGUGGAAGUGGAGGUAUUGUUGUAGGAUCUGUUGAAGGCAGAAAUAAUGUUGAAUAUACCGUGGGCGCCGCUCUCAACAUAGAAAGUGGUUCAGGAGGUGGAAGAGGCUUUGGUGGAAGCACAGGUGACAGUGGACAUAAUGUUGGUGGAGGAGAUGGAGGGAGAAGGUUUAGUGGAGAUGGCAGCCUCGGUGGGAGUGGAGGAAGUGGAUUCGGGAGAGGUGUAGGAGGUGGAGGUGGAUUUGGUGGAGGGAAAAGCGACGGUGGAUACAGUGGAGGGAGUGAAGGAACAAGUGGAGGAGGUCACGCAAGUGGAGGAGAAUUGAGUGAAUUUGAGAGUCACUUUGGGACGGGGAGAGAAAGUGGAUUUGGAGAGGGUCAUUCAGGUGGAAUAAUAACAAGUGUAUUUGGAGAUCACGCGGAUGGUGGAAUAGGAAUCGGCGAAGUGAGGGAUGAGAGUGGAGGUGGAGGAAUAGGAUUUGAGGAAAGCACAGGAGGUGGAAUAGGAGUAAGUAGUCGUGGCAACAGUGGCUAUAGCGGAGGAGGAGGAGAAACAGGAAGUGGGUUCGUUGAAGGAAAUCCAGGAGGUGGAGGAAGAGGAGGAGGUCCAGGGUUUGUAGGCGAUAUCAGUGGCUUUGGUGGGGGUGGAGGUGGAGUUGGAGUGAGUCUCUUUGGUUUAGAGGCAGCCGGUGGAGACUCGAGCGACGGCGGAUACAGUGGAGGAGGCGCUGGAGGAGGAGGAGUGAGUGGAGGCCUCGGUGGAGGUGAGAUCAGCGGCGCCUUCGGAGGGAGUGGAGGCCUCGGGAAUAUCGUCUCCGGAGUGUUCGUCGGGAGCGGAAUACUCCACGAGAAGAGGCGGAGAGGCAGCUUUGGCUUCCUGCCUGCCGGAGUCCACAGCAGCGAGAAGUCCAGCGGAGGGAGCGGCCACGGCAGGAGUGAGCAUGAGAGCAGCGGAGGCGCCGGGGGACAUGUCGACGGCGGCAGCGAAGGCGUCCUGGGCGGCGGAGGAUCUCGCAACGGAGGCCACGGGAUCGCCAGCGGCCACGGGAUCGCCAGCGGCCACGGGAUCGCCAGCGGCCACGGCGGUUCUGGCGCGGGAGGCAAGCACGACGACGCCGAUGAUGAUCAUAGUUUCACUCCUGGUGGAAGCCAGAGACACUUCGGAGGCCACAGCAGCGGCGACGGCCACGCGGUUGUUGAAAGCCAUAGCAUUUCCGGCGGCCACAGCAGCAACACCAUUACCGAACUCAAGGACAGCACUACGGGUGGCAGGGGAAGCGGCAACUCAUAUGACAGCAGCAGCGGAAGCCUCGGCAGCAGUAGCAGGAACCACAUAUUCGUCGCUAGGCACAGUGACGGCAGCAUCAGCGGCGGCCACAGCGGCGGCCACAGCAGAGGCAGUCAUUUCAAUCACGAUAAUAGUGAUUACAAUAGAUAA